GCUAAGGGGCAAAUAAGUUGUCCUUAACGAUUACUUUCAAAGGGCCGGGCCCAACAUAUAAAAUGGGCCUAUGAGUAAGGAUCCGCUCUAUAACCCGACCCGAUGAUUGUUGACACGCGGAGAGACACUCGGCGAAUGGAAACGGAAGAGAGUUGUGUUAACAGAUUCUCUCGCUGCUGCAUCCUCUUGUUUUCAUCCGACGCUUCUUAGGGGUUUCAAGGAAGCGCGAUGAUAACGAGAUCGAAUCUAGCGGAACAGCUCAGGGAAUAUCAGAUUCGAUCAAAGCAUGAUUGGGCCUCCGUCUCUUUCUUCUCUUCCACCUCCACUUUCUCUUCUUCCAGGGUCCAUGUGGUAGUGUUUGUGAUUUGGGAGCUUGUGAUCUUACUACUCCUGGUGUGUUCAGCAGUAUCCUUGUUCUUGAGGCGGUUGCAACUAGCAUUUAUCAUGGUUUGUGUCGGCUUGCUUUUGCUCUUCUGUAUGAAAAUUAUAAAGCAAGCGAGACUGGCUAGGAACAAGAAGCGGAGGAUGCUUCUUCCUCUCUCUAUGUAAAAAAGGACCAAACCGAGGAGAACCUUUUUUUUUUUUAAUUUUCUUAGACAACCAUGACCAACUCUUUUCUCUGUGGUAUGAAUGCUGAUGAAGACGACAGUUAGGGUCAGACUUGUCUCUGGUUUCUUCUUAUCCUUUGAAGAAUAGACCUGAUAUUGGAAACCAGGUGCUGCUAUUCCAGGGCUUAUAGCUUAGACAAAUCAGAGCUACGUAACUGAGAACUAAAGUGGUUUGAGAAUAUUGUUUUGUUUUUUCUCCUGUUUAUGGUGGUUUUGAAAUUAAAGACAUGUUAGUUA